AUGGCUGGCAUUCUCUCGGAUCCAGCAAACGGCCUGGAUAAUUACGACGUCGGCGACUUUUCCGACGACCCUUUCGGUUCUCCGCCUCCAGAAUCCUCCUCCAAGAAACGAAAGGAGCCAGAUUCCGGAUUGGGAAUUGAUGAGGAAGUCGACGUCAAGAAGCGAGCCCGAGCACCCAAUGUGAAGCUUGACGAGGAUAGGUUACUGGGACCAAAAGGAAUCCCCAAGCUACGGCAGAGAGCCCGCGACCUGAAAAUCAAGGGCAAAGGCCAUGAAUUCUCAGAUGCCGGCCGCCUCCUGUCCUUCUACCAGCUCUGGCUCGAUGACCUCUUCCCCAAAGCCAAGUUCCUCGACGCCCUCGCCAUGGUCGAAAAGGCCGGUCACAAGAAACGAAUCGUAAUCGCGCGCAACGAAUGGAUCAAUGAGGGCAAGCCCAAGGAUCACAUUGCAAAUGGGGAGGAUGAAGAAGAGGAGGAUCUAUUCGGCGAGAACAAUACAUCACAGCCAGCGGGCCCAGAACCCACCACCACCACAACGGCGACAGAACCGUCAAGGGCAAAGACACCACAACGAGAUGACGACGUACCAGAUGACGACGACAUCUACGAUGCAACACCGCGACAAGUUCGUCACACUCUCCCGAUUCGCAACGAAGUCCCCGAAGAAGAUGAUCUCGAGGCCCUCAUCGCCGAGGCCGAGGGCCAGGAUGCAGCGAAGAGGUCAAAGCCUUCAGAGCCCGAACCAGAUGAGCCAAAGGGAGGAGAUGACUUUGCCGAUGAAGAGGCGGCGAUGCAGGAGAUAGACGGGUUGUGGUGA